AUGGCUACCCCAACCAGGAUUCUAGGGGGGAUUUACGUUUCCUCUAUUGAGCCAUUAACUCAGGGAGUUGAUCUGAAGAAAGAGUAUAACAUUUCUAGUAUUUUGAGUGUAUUAACGGACGAUGUACCCGAAGAAUACACCAAAAACUACAACUACAAACAGAUAAGUGUCCUUGAUGAUGACAAGACUAAUAUUCUCCAACAUUUCGACGAAGCAAACAACUUUAUAGAUGAAGCUCUCUUUGGUGCUGCUGCCGACUUAAAAGAUGAGAGAAAACGUCACAAGUCCAGCAUUCUCGUUCAUUGCGCCCAAGGCUGUUCUCGAUCUGUGGUGGUAGUUGCAGGCUACCUGAUGAAGAAAUACAAACUAGAUGUUAAAAGCAGUAUAUAUGCUAUAAGGAGGAAAAAACCUGAUAUUGCACCAAAUGACUUUUUCAUCGAGCAAUUAAACUUGUACAAUGAGAUUCAAAGCAUGGACAGUCCACUGUAUAAACAAUGGAAGUUGGAACUAGCGUUGAAAAACGAUACUUUUCAAAUUGAGGAUUCAAUGUAUAAUAAUACAGCAGCUGAAGCAACAGCUGACUCUGAACUACGUUGCAAGCGUUGUAGACAGAAAAUUGCACUUUCGACUUCAUUUGUACCCCACAUUCCUCCACCUGAAGAGGAUAGACAAUCUCAAUUUAUAAAGAGAGCAGGAAAUAACAGGAUAAUAGGAGUGGAGAAAGGCUCUUCCAAGUGCACUCAUUUCUUCGUAGAGCCUCUGGAUUGGAUGAAAGCAGAACUUUCAAAGGGUGAAUUAGAAGGAAAGUUUUGUUGUCCCAAAUGUCAGGGUAAAGUUGGUGCUUACUCCUGGCAUGGGUCCCGAUGUAGCUGUGGAAAAUGGAUGAUACCCGCAAUACAUCUUCAAGAUGCAAGGGUUGAUGAGAUUGACUUCAAAAACUCCAGAGUUGACGAAGUCAAGCAUAAAGCUGAUAAUGUACAGUAA